AACACCACCAACCGCAAAAACCGUUAAGUUUCGCGGGCGAGAUCAAGCCAAAUAAAUUACCAAACCUAAAGAUUCCCUCUCCACGUUCUUAACGCGACUCUGGUCUCUCUCUUUCUCUUUAGAACCCUGGAUUCCCUUUCACAUUAACACAGAGACUCAAAUUGCAAUGGAGUCUCAAAUCCUUUACCAGAAUGGCAUCUCUCCGAUUUCAUCCUCGGUUGCUAAUGGUGAUAAUGGUGCUAGAUCGGCUCUUAUCUUUCUCGGCACUGGCUGCUCCAGCGCUGUCCCCAACGCAAUGUGCCUCAUCCAGCCUCCAGAUCCGCCUUGCCAUGUUUGCUCCCAGGCACUCUCCGUCCCACCGGAGAAAAACCCUAAUUACAGGUGCAACACAUCUCUGCUUAUAGAUUAUUGCCAGAGCGAUGAGAAACAUAGCUAUAUAUUGAUUGAUGUUGGGAAGACGUUCAGGGAGCAAGUACUUAGGUGGUUUACUUUCCACAAGAUUCCUCGAGUGGAUUCCAUCAUUUUGACUCAUGAACAUGCUGAUGCAGUUCUUGGUCUUGAUGAUAUACGUGCUGUGCAACCUUUUAGUCCUACAAAUGAUAUUGAUCCAACCCCCAUUUACCUAAGUCAGUAUGCUAUGAAUAGCAUUGCAGUGAAAUUCCCUUACCUGAUGAAGAAAAAAUUAAGGGAAGGUCAAGAAGUAAGACGAGUAGCACAGCUUGAUUGGAAAAUCAUUGAGGAGGACUGUCAACGACCAUUUGUUACAUCAGGCAUACAAUUUGUGCCUUUACCAGUGAUGCAUGGAGAAGACUAUAUUUCUUUGGGUUUUCUCUUUGGAGAAAAAAGUAGAGUCGCCUAUAUAUCUGAUGUUUCACGCUUCCCUGAAAGUACAGAGUAUUUGAUUUCAAAAGCUGGGGCUGGACAGUUGGAUCUCCUCAUCUUGGACACUUUAUACAAGAAUGGCUCGCACAACACUCACUUCUGCUUUCCCCAGACCCUUGAAGCUGUGAAGAGACUAUGUCCAAAGCAAGCUCUUUUAAUUGGAAUGACUCAUGAGUUUGAUCAUUAUGCGGACAAUGAUUUCCUAAUGGAAUGGUCUAAAAGGGAAGGUAUACCAGUGCAGCUUGCACAUGAUGGCAUGAGAGUUCCUAUAGAAUUGUGAUAAGGUUUGAGAUAUAAGCGGUAAGAUAGACGCAUGGUUUCCAGCCCAUUCUAAUGGGAGGUAUAAACAAAGUGAAACUAUUUAUGGCUUCCUAAUCUCCAACUUGUACUGGAAUCCUUUUAAAAUUUUUGGUAAAUUACUCUAGUUCAUAGAAAUUAGCAAAUUUUUGGGAAAUUAACGUAUUUUAUUCUUUUGGAAUUAUGUGGAUUUGGUGCCUUUCA